ACAGUUUAACUUUCCUUGAGCAGAGGUAAACACGUAUUCAUAUAAAAAGCACAAUAUGAAUAAGUUUUGAUUUAUUUACAAAACCACCCUGUGAUGAAAUAUGUGCCAUAGGGUGUCCAUAACUUUGAAACGGUUUACUUAACACAUAUAAUCAACAAUGAUAGAAGGAUACGGAGCAGUCACGCAGGCCCUUUUAGGGACACUGUUAACGUGGGGCCUUACUGCUGCUGGUGCCGGUUGCGUGUUCUUCAUACGAGGGAAACACAGAAAAUUGCUUGAUGUAUCUCUUGGUUUUGCUGCGGGGGUUAUGACAGCGGCCUCGUACUGGUCGCUACUCAAACCUGCCAUAGAAAUGUGUGAAGAAUCAGAAAUGUAUGGCAGCUUUGCAUUCCUACCAAUAGCUGGAGGAUUUUUGUUUGGAGCUAUAUUUGUUUUCGGAACGGACAAGUUCUUAGACUACUUAGGAAUAAAUUCUACAAAUAUGAUGUUUGCUAUAACUAAGAGCAAAGAAUCAAAAGACAAGUUAGAAGAUUUAGAAAUGAUGACGGCAUUGAACAGGCGUCCUUCAUCCAGCGUGGUGAACCUGGACGGUCCUCCGCCACCUGCAGACUUCGCUGACUGCAUCACGAACCAACACACCGCGCAGAGGCGGCGAGGCCAUCACCAUUCACAUCAGGAGUUAAAGGCGGGUGAAAACGGCGAGGGCGACCGUCGAGACAGUCUCACGAAGUCGCUGGAAGCGCGGCAGUCGCAAUGGAAGCGGAUCAUGCUUCUUGUAGUUGCCAUCACAGUACACAACAUUCCCGAGGGCUUAGCUGUUGGGGUCUCAUUUGGAGCUGCCUCCUCGACUAAAAAGUCUUUUAACGCUGCCAGGACCUUGGCGUUGGGUAUAGGUAUCCAGAACUUCCCAGAAGGUCUGGCCGUCAGUUUACCGUUGCAAGCCGCUGGUUUCUCAGUCUGGAGAGCAUUUUGGUACGGCCAGUUGUCCGGCAUGGUGGAACCCGUAUUUGGGGUGCUGGGCGCCGUGGCAGUAGGGUUGGCAGAACCAGCUCUUCCAUACGCUCUGGCUUUCGCAGCCGGCGCCAUGAUCUACGUGGUCACUGACGACAUCAUACCAGAGGCAAACGCUUCAGGUAACGGAAAGUUGGCGACCUGGGGCUGCAUCAUCGGGUUUGUGGUGAUGAUGUGCCUGGACGUCGGGCUGGGGUAACCCCGCCCUCGCCUCAAACGCUGUGCCUUCCCCACGACCCGCGACUUCGCCACCGGAUUACUAAUAAGUAUUUCUUAAAAGACUUAAACGAAUAUUGUGAUGUUAUAGUUUUUAUUUCAGCUAUAAGUUUAGCGUGGUUUGUUAUGCUGGUGCUGCCGGUUCUUGAUUUGGUUAAUUCUCAAAAAAUGUACUUAAUAAUCUUUCAAUACUACAAAACAAAUCCAAUUUCUGGCAGUAUUCCGAAACUACACCGCUAAAUAUUAAAAAAUCAUGUGAAAAUAUAGAAUUACGAAAAAAUUGGAAUAAAUUUAUUUAUAUUAAACAGAAUUUCGACAUUUAGCGGGAGUUUCCCAUUCGAACAGGGAGUCACACUGUAGUUCUAUUUUGUACUCCACAUGUUUGUAAUAGUUUUCUGCAAAAGUACGUAAUUAUUAUAUAGAUAUUAUAUAAAGAGCAUAAAAACCCACAAAUCCUAGUAGAAAAUCAUGACCGUGGGUUUUUUUUAACACAAGUUACAGAUUAAAAGACCUCUUAUUGAUAACAACCAAUAUUAACACUUGAGUUUCAUGGAAAUUCAUAGUCAUUUUAUUAUACAUAUAAUAUGAUUUGGUAAACAAUGUUGUCCGAAAAAUAAUUUAAAAGUUUAAUCGUGAUCAAAAAAUAUAUUAACAAUAGACAAAUCAGAUCGUGUUAUUUAUUUAUUGAACAAAUUACAGUUUAAACUUACACGGUUUUAACUUACAAUUUCUAGUAUAAUUGUCGUUUUAUAAACACAUGCAACCGAAUCCAAAUAAAUUGUGUUAUUAAAUGUUAUGUACAGUCCAAUGUAAACAUACAAAUAAUAAAGUACAAACAUGAACUAAUGAUUUAAAUUGUGAUGAUUUACUUCGUUAAAUUAUUAUUGUUAAAUUAUUUGCUCGUUUAAUGAAUGUCAGUAAUUGUAUUUUAGGCAUACGGGAUGUCAGCAGUCAAAUCAAUCGUUAGUCUAGCUCCAACCUCGAUUACCUUUCGAUUCCUCUAUUUCCAGUCUCUCAUAUGAGCAUUUUCCUGGUUCCUUCCUCAACCAUUAAUCGUCGGUAAUCCAAGGUCUGCUCUCCUACUUUUUCAUAUCCACUUCACACGCUCUUCGAAUUCCUUAGUUUCAAGCCAGCACUAUUUAAUUUUCAUCGACCGAAGAUAUUGUUUAAAGUUCCAAUUGCCGUAAAUACGAGAUACAGUUUUGAUUCCGUUCUAUCUACUUGUGCGUGUUUUUGGGUUCCGUAGCUGAAUGGCCAAACACAGUAGUGUUAGUUCCAAAACAUGAAACUAUUUUUAUUCAAUCAACACUAUAUGUGCUUGGUCUUCGUAGAUAACUCUUUAAAUGUCGUUUCUAUUGCCAUUUAUUCUCAAAGCCAGUCGUAUCAAAAAACAAGACCUUUCACCUUUCAAAAUAUGUUUAGUAUUCAAUGACAAUGUUUCAACGAAAAUUUGUUUGAACGAGAUAUAUACAAAUGUAUUUUUCUAAUGAAAAACAAAGGUAUUUUUUUGCUGGGGAAAAA